AUGUCGAUUUCAGAGUUGGCAAAUUCAAAAAAUGAAAUUGAAGCAGAAGAACAAGUAUUAAAAGAAUUCACAAAUAUCAAUAAUAAUCAAGCAUAUGAUCAUGUUUUUCGUCUUCGUGUAUUAGCUUUAAAUGACGGUGUAACUGAAGUUACAUCACCAAAUGAUUAUUUUGGAGUUGAUAACCGUGCAGGAAUGUAUCCUACUUUAAAAAAAGCACUAGAUGAUUCAAUUUUGGAUUCCUCUAAAGAAUUUCAGUUGUUAGAUGUUGGAGGUGGAUCUGGAUCACCACUUGAUUGGAUUUUUUCUAAAGAAUUAUCAAAAAAUGUAGGAAAAAGAGAAAAUCUUAUAAAUGUAAUUGAACCAAAUCCAGAUUUAUUAAAAUCAUAUUUAAAAACGUUAGAAAAAUAUCCACAUUUGAAAAAAAAUAUCGUUUAUCAAGGUUACGUUCAGGAUUAUUAUGAAGUUAAGGAGAACAGUGAGAAACCUCCUUUACCAUCAGAUAAAGUAGAUUUUAUUAGCGCUAUACAUGUGAUUUAUCAUUUUACCGAUUAUAAACAGAACAAUUUGGACCCACACAAAGAUAUUAUAAAUUUCAUCACUUUUCUUUACUCUAUUCUGAAACCAGGGGGUGCAAUAUAUAUCGCUUAUCGAGAUCAAGAUCAAGAUUUUGGUGGAAAUGUGCAAAAAAAAUAUUAUGAAGAAGUUCUUCACGAAUACAAUUUAUUUCAAAAUAUUGCUAAAAUAAAUCAAGCUAGGGACAAUUUGAUAUAUAAAGGGCAAAUUAUCGAAUAUCUUGAAUCAAAAGAUGAAGACGGAUUCAAAACUAAGCCAAAAAUAGAAACAUUGAAACAUAAAUUUUCAUUUUAUGCAAAAUCUUUAGCAGAUAUGGCCGUGUUGGGAUUAUGUGGUAAUCUUUUGGAAUCAAAUGAAAAAGAAUUCGAUAAAGGAAGGUUAGAAUUUAUGUUAAAUGAAAUUAAAAAUGCAGCGUUAAUGAAGGUUGAAGAUGAAAAAGAAAGACGAUUCGGAUUGGGAAGAACUGAAAGAGAUGGAAAAAUGGUUUGGAAAGUUGAUGCUAGUCAUGUUAUAUGCAUUAUAAGGAAAGAAAUUAUUUCUUAGUUUGUGUAUUGUUGUUUAUUUAUGUAUUAUAAGGAGAGAAAUUAUUCUUGUGUAUUUUUAUUCAUUUAUUUUUAGAUAUUACGCUUUUUAAAUAAAUUCAUAUUUUUAACUUAUCUAAUUAUGAUUUGCUAAUAAUGUAUGACAAUU